UGUGGCGGCGGCUUGUUGUUGUGGAGGCCAAAAUGGCGGCUCAAGCGGCGGCGGCGGCCCAGGCGGCGGCGGCCCAGGCAGCGCAGGCGGAGGCGGCCGAGUCUUGGUACCUGGCGCUUCUGGGUUUCGCCGAGCACUUCCGAACUUCCAGCCCUCCCAAGAUCCGCUUGUGUGUGCACUGCCUGCAGGCCGUGUUCCCCUUCAAGCCCCCGCAGCGCAUCGAGGCCCGCACGCACUUGCAGCUCGGUUCCGUGCUCUACCACCACACCAAGAACAGCGAGCAGGCGCGCAGCCACCUGGAGAAGGCGUGGUUGAUAUCGCAGCAAAUCCAACAGUUCGAAGAUGUUAAAUUUGAAGCAGCAAGUCUCUUGUCUGAGUUAUACUGUCAAGAGAAUUCCGUAGACGCAGCAAAGCCACUGCUGCGGAAAGCGAUCCAGAUCUCACAGCAGACUCCAUACUGGCACUGCCGCCUGCUCUUCCAGCUCGCUCAACUGCACACACUUGAGAAGGACCUGGUGUCAGCCUGCGACCUCCUGGGCGUGGGGGCUGAGUACGCCCGGGUGGUGGGAUCCGAGUACACACGAGCCCUAUUCCUGCUCAGCAAAGGAAUGCUGCUGCUGAUGGAGCGCAAGUUACAGGAAGUGCACCCGCUGCUGACCCUCUGUGGACAGAUAGUUGAGAACUGGCAAGGGAAUCCCAUCCAGAAGGAGUCUCUGCGUGUCUUCUUCCUGGUCCUCCAGGUGACCCACUACUUGGAUGCUGGACAGGUGAAGAGUGUGAAGCCGUGCUUGAAGCAGCUGCAGCAGUGCAUCCAGACCAUCUCCACGCUGCACGAUGAUGAGAUCCUGCCCAGCAACCCCGCCGACCUCUUCCACUGGCUGCCCAAGGAGCACAUGUGUGUGCUCGUCUACCUGGUGACCGUGAUGCACUCCAUGCAGGCCGGCUACCUGGAGAAAGCACAGAAGUACACAGACAAAGCGCUCAUGCAGCUGGAGAAGCUCAAGAUGCUUGACUGCAGCCCCAUCCUGUCCUCCUUCCAAGUCAUCCUGCUGGAGCACAUCAUCAUGUGCAGGCUUGUCACGGGACACAAGGCCACCGCGCUGCAGGAGAUCUCCCAGGUCUGCCAGCUGUGCCAGCAGUCCCCCCGGCUCUUCUCCAACCACGCGGCACAGCUGCACACACUGCUGGGCCUGUACUGCGUCUCCGUCAACUGCAUGGACAAUGCGGAAGCCCAGUUCACCACAGCGCUGCGGCUCACCAACCACCAGGAGCUGUGGGCCUUCAUCGUGACCAAUCUGGCGAGUGUGUAUAUACGGGAAGGAAAUAGACACCAAGAGGUACUAUACAGUUUGUUGGAAAGGAUCAAUCCGGACCAUAGCUUCCCUGUCAGCUCACACUGCCUGCGAGCAGCAGCUUUCUACGUGCGCGGACUCUUCUCUUUCUUCCAGGGACGCUAUAAUGAGGCCAAGCGAUUUCUUCGAGAAACUCUGAAGAUGUCCAAUGCAGAGGACCUGAACCGGCUCACAGCCUGCUCCCUUGUGCUCCUGGGCCACAUCUUCUAUGUGCUGGGGAACCACAGAGAGAGUAACAACAUGGUGGUGCCUGCCAUGCAGCUGGCCAGCAAGAUCCCAGACAUGUCCGUGCAGCUGUGGUCCUCAGCCCUGCUGAGAGACCUGAACAAGGCCUGUGGGAAUGCCAUGGACGCCCACGAAGCCGCCCAGAUGCACCAGAACUUCUCCCAGCAACUGCUCCAGGACCACAUUGAAGCCUGCAGUCUCCCUGAACACAACCUCAUCACGUGGACGGAUGGCCCACCCCCCGUGCAGUUCCAAGCUCAGAAUGGACCCAAUACGAGCCUGGCCAGCCUCCUGUGAGGCUCCUGGAGGGAGCUGCCCAGCUUCUCAGGGCCUCUGUGGGGCCCGGUGUGUCCCCUACUUCCAUCCAGACGGCACUUGAGCUUUCCUUGGAGGUGUGCUGGAGUGGGUGUCCCCAGGCCUCUUUUCUGACUGUCUUCAGAGCUUCCAGGUCCCCAGGCAGUGUGCAGGGCUGAUUCCGCCCUCCCAGGAAGGGCUGGUCAGCCACUCCCACCAUGUAACAAGACCCCAGUGCUGAGGCUUGCAGGUGGGAUGUUGGAGCCAACUUUCCAGAGCCAUCCUUUAAAGUGGACUUGAAUUGCCA